CGUCGCAUCGCUCCGUCCCCACGCCCAUUCGUCGCCGCCCCGGCCACCACGCGCAACGCAGCAGCUGCACCCAUUGCAUCCUGCGCCCACCUGGCACUCCUGCCGCCUAUCGCCCUCCUGACGCCCGCCUGCCGCACGACCGUUCGCACCUUCCAAACAUGUCCGACGACGCGACUGCAAGCGCGCCCGCGCAGGACCCCUCGCUCGAGAGUGCACCCAAUGCGCUGGACACAGACACAAGCAUGCUCGAGGAGCCCGCAAAGGACUCGUCGCGCGAGCCGUCGGCCGCACCCGUCUCAGACAAUCCGCUUGAUGCCCCCGACGGCCCGCGCCCCGACGCCGACGACGCCGACGGCCAGGACGACGAGGACAUGGGCGGCCUCGACGACGCGCCCAAAGACAAGGAAGAGCCCGACGAGGCCGCGAAGACGGAUCUGCAGGCUGCUGCACGCUCGCACUUCGUCGCACAGACGUACGCGACCAUCAUUCCCAGCUACGCAACGUGGUUCGACAUGCGCUACAUCGACUACCGCGAGCCCAAGGCCCUGCCCGAGUUCUUCAACGGCCGCAAUCGCAGCAAGACGCCCGCCGUCUACCGCGACUACCGUGACUUCAUGAUCAACACGUACCGCCUGAAUCCGUCCGAGUACCUCACCGUCACCGCCUGCCGUCGUAACCUGGCCGGCGACGUGUGCGCCAUCAUGCGCGUCCACGCCUUCCUCGAACAGUGGGGCCUCAUCAACUACCAGGUCGACCCCCAGGAGCGCCCGUCCAACAUCGGCCCGCCCUUCACUGGCCACUUCCGUGUCACCGUCGACACGCCCCGCGGCCUGCAGCCCUUCCAGCCGGGGCCGGGCUCCAAGGUCAUCGCCGGCAAACCGAGCGCCGCCACCGACCGUGCCGCCAGCGCGCAGCCCACGGCCAAGUCUGAGACCAAGGCGCUCGCCGGCCGCAACAUCUACGAGGCCAAUGGCAAGGAGGCGUCUGCUGAGCCCAAGGACAAGGCCAAUGGCGAGGCCAAUGGCGCGGACGUCAAGGAGCUUGAGGCUGCGGCCAAGGAGCCACUUAAGGUCAUCAACUGUUUCAGCUGCGGCGUUGAGUGCACGCGCGUGCACUUCCACGAGACCAAGCCAUCGGAGCAGCCCGGUCAGACCAAGAGCGUCGGCGGGCUAAAGCGUGACCUGUGCCCGCGCUGCUUCGUCGAGGGCAACUUCCCCACCGGCACGUCGUCGGCCGACUUUACCAAAAUCUCCAACCCCGAGGCCUCGGCCGUCGCGGAGAGCGAGGAGAAAUGGACAGAGGAGGAAACGCUGCUGCUGCUCGAGGGCCUGGAGGAGUUUGACGAGGACUGGAACCGUGUCGCCGACCACGUUUCGACCAAGACGCGUGAGCAGUGCGUGAUGAAGUUUCUGCAGCUCGAGAUCGAAGACAAGUACAUCGAGGCCGACCUGCCCCACGGCGACGCGGCCACGCCCUCGGCCAAGUUCCUGCGCGACCUAGACUACCUCAGCGAGGGCCGCGCGCCGCUGCACCACGCCGAUAACCCGAUUCUGAGUGUGGUCAGCUUCCUCGCUGGUCUGGCUCCGGCAAACGUCACCGAAGCUGCCGUUGCUUCGGGCCGCAGCGUGGGCGAGAUGAAGCGCAUUCUGCAGGAGAAGAUCAAUAAGGCCCCUGUCGCCCCUUCAGAAAAGGGCAAAGAGAAGGAUGUGGAAGACGUCAAGCCCGAGGACGCCAUGGAAGUCGACACCGCAAACAAAGACUCGGACAGCAACCCGCUUGUCACACUGCCCUUUGCCCUGUCGGCAGCGCGUGCAUCGGCACUGGCGUCGCACGAGGAGCGGCACAUCACGCGGCUGGUUUCUGGCUCGGUGAACCUGCAGCUACAGAAGCUCCAACUCAAGCUGGCGCACUUCUCCGACUUUGAAAAGCUGCUGUCGGCCGAGCGCCGCGAUCUGCAGCGCCGCCGCCAGCAGCUGUUCAUGGACCGGCUGAACUUCCAGCGCCGUGUGCGCGCGCUCGAGGAGGCGACCAAGAAGAUCGGCUCGGGCAUGCAGGGCCAGGGCUUGCCGGGGUCGAUGAGCAACGAAGAUGCCAUGACGGCGCUCGCCGACGCGAUCCGCACGUUCGGCGUCGGCAAGGGCGACGACAGCAUCGGCGUCAAGCGCGACAGCAUCGAUGCGGGCGUGCAGCCUGUGGCCGAGGGCGGCGACGGCUACGGCAAGCUAGAGAUCUAGAGCUGAAGCUGGAAAUCUGGAGCCGAAGCUGGAUAUCUGAAGCUGAAGCUGGUGUUUAGGCGCGUUGGGAGGUUCACGGUCCUCGACGGUUGGGGACUGAAUGUUUCUUUGGAUCGCUUUCUGAGGGUGUAUGAAAUAGUUAGCUGUAUCAUGCAAAUUGCGACUGGCUGUAUUCACGGGACGAUGACGUUGACAGUGUGUGGAUUAAAAUCAAUUACUAUCCAUGUUAUAGUCUUCAUCACUGCCGUUCUCGCACGAGACCGAGGUGGUGUGAUUUAAAUAGAAUGUAGCUGUUUCGUGAUUAUGAGCUUCUUCUGCAAAUUCCACGCGACAAGAGCAAUAUUGAUGCGUGUGUUUGUCAUGUGUUGUAUGUA